AGAGCCGUGUGUCCUCAGUUUUAAAAGUGGACUUUUCGUCUGUCGGUGGAUUGUAGGUUAACCGAACUGAAAUAACAGCUAGCACAUUUCCGAUCAUAUUUGACUGGUACAUUCUAUCAAGUUCAAAAACUAUGAAGUUGGAUGAUCUUUAUUAGAGAUUUGGUGUGAAUUUCUACGACAAAAACGCAACAUUAACAGCUGAAUGAAAGAUAUGAGCAUCUCUAGGCACAGAGCCAGGGAGCUAGUGUCCAUCUAUGACCACAGUUUGGAGCAGCAAAUUGUGGGACGUGGCUCCAGCCUGGCGUGUAGAGAUGAGGAGCUGUGGAAACAGGUGCAGGGCCUGCUGAAAGACGGAGAUGCUCAGGAGACGCACUGCCUGGGUCUGGAUCCUCUGAGGGUGAUGGAGGAGUCGCUCACAGCAGCAGCAGCAGCAGCAGCAACAACAACAACCGCAACCUGUGCUGGGCGAGUGAAAGCCAGAGGGGGCAUGCAAGGCCUGGCUAAAGCUUUUGAGGUGCUGGAGCAAGCAGCCCUGAACCUGUACCUCGGUCCCUGGAGAGACGAGUACAAAGUCGUCAAGAUGUACUCCGGUAUGUUCACCCACAAUAUCAAACCGGUGCUUUCGAUGCCACAGAUUGAGAAACUGUUUGGCCUGCUAGGAUACCAGCUCAGCUCGUCUCGACAUGAGCAGCUUUGUCUCCAGCCGCCCAGAGUCAGUGCUGCCUCUCUGGAUGACCUCCUCUGCUUGUCAUGUGCCUUCUUCUUGGCCCGCUGCGAGUGUUGCCUACUUCUGACAGCUCUGGGGAAGCACGUUGGUGAGGCCCAGUGGGAGCUGAGUCUGGUGAGGGAGAGGCAGAGAGGAAGCAGCGUACAGGUCGCCCUUGACAACACCAAAAAGGCCUUGGAUGUCAACCAGCCCCUGAUAGAGCAGUUUGAUGGAGAAGGGGAGGUGGAUCUGUACACAGAUGAGCAUGUUAACGGGGGUCAGAGGGAAGUCGCAGUGGACGAGAGUCCCCGCUCUUUAACCUGGAUGAAUCAAAGCGGUGCAUCACCCCCUCCCAUCAAAACACACAGCAACGGAGUGACGUCCUUGUCCUCAUCAUCCGGCCCCCUGUCCACCAGAGAGCAUGUCUGCGUCUCCACAUACAACUGCCAGCUGACUAAGACGUCACCACUGGAGCCGGACACUACCAGAAGCUUCUCAGCCGGCGUGAGGCAAGGCAGACGUCCCUGUGAAGAGUUAAGAUUCGACAAAGGGAACUCACAGUCACUCAGUCUGGAGGCAGAAGCACUGGGGCUUUGCGAGCGCCAGGCCGAAGCAAACCACCUUUGCAGCUGUCUUCAGACUUCUCCACUUUUUAUUAAACUCUGUAUCGAAUGCAACACUUCUCACGACGUUACCUGUGUCUUGCUUCAGCAAUGCAUGAUGGAGAACCACCACACGGUGUUUCCUGACAAUACGACAGAAGAGAUGGAAUUGAGAGAGGUGUCACCACAGGCUGGAAGCCUCAGAGUGAGUGGCAUGAGCACAUCACCCACUCUCACCAGCAGCAGCGCAGCAAUGUCAUCCCUAGCUCUGCAUGAUGACCCUAAAUCCAUAAUUGUGUCUUUACAUCCAAUCACCUACCAUGAAUGCUGUGACCUUGCCAAGCCGGACCCUCAGGUCCUGUGUCACAGCUGUGGUGUCUUUCAUUCUGGUUCCUGCAGAGAAAUAAAUUUCUGCCAAAUUCACCACAGUAUCACGCCCCUGGGCGUGUGCUCCUGUGGGAGGGCAUGUUCCAGAAACCCUCUGGUGCUCUGCAGAUAUUGUGGUAAUGAGUAUUGUAGCGAUUGCUGGUAUAGAAAUCCUGUUGUAUGCACCUGUGGCCAAACCUUUGACCAGUCAUCUUCUGUGUGAUAUAUAUUUGUAAAGUUUUGCACAAAUGAGGCACAACUAGCAAAAUCACUGUGCCUUAACUCUGCAUACUGGAACACACUUCCUUUUUUUUUUUUUAAUUCAAGUACAAUAAAUCAAUUUCAAAUGUUGCCUUUAACAUGUUGCUGAAAUGCAGUAUUGAGUGUGCUCCAAUUUUUCUAUUUUGGUCGUCUUUCUGGGACUCUCAUCACUCAAGUUAUUCUCUAAGUGGCCAUAUUAACCAUUAUCGGCAUUUUGAAAACAUGUACUGUCCAGACUUGCUUGCGUACGGACCGGGGUAUUGAUUGCGGUUUGUGCUCCUGUGUCACUUAAAUGUCAACGUUGUUUGUUUUCAUCUGUAUUAACUGCCUGCACACAAACUGGAGUAAAAAGGUCACAGCAUCACUUGUCUGUGCUCAUUUUUUUAGAACAUUAUAUUUGUGACAGUAAAGUUAUUUAUAGCUUACCUUACAAAAAAACAAACAAUCCCUGUAAAUCAUUUAUUACAUGCAGUAUAUUACUGAAUCAUAACGAGGACAGGACACAAGUUUUCAAAUCAUUUUUUUUGGCU